CGCUCCUCAUGUUGGUCCUCAAUCCAACAUGGCGCCUACCCUGGUGGAGCAUGUUGUCGCAGACGCAGGAGCGUUUAUAAAGAAAGCACCUCUUCAGGAUAUCGGGAAGAAUAUCUACACACUGAAGGAUGUGGUAGACGAGAUCAGAGACAAACCCACCAGGAGGAGCCUGGCCUUCCUGCCCUACCAGCUGAACUUUAAAGAGCCACAUCCUGAACACAUCAGACUGGUGACAGAGUUCUCCAAGAAGACCGGAGACUACCCCAGUCUGUCCGCCACUGAUAUCAAAGUCCUGGCUCUGACGUAUCAGCUGGAACUGGAGCACGUUGGCUCUCAACAUCUAAAGAAAGAGCCUGAGAUCAAGGUGACUGUUCAGAGCACACAGCGCCACCCAGAGACUCCGGUUAAUGUUGCAGGAUUUCACUUCCCCUCAAAGAAAUCCGUUGAUACUUUUAAGGUUAAACAAACUCAAAAUGAAACGGAAAAAGAAUCGGAAACAUCAAAACAAACCGGCAGUGAUGAGUUUAACAGCUUUAACUUCUGGAGAACACCCCUGCCGUCCAUUGACAGCGACCUCCUGGCUUUACUGGAUCCCGUUGAUGUGUUGAACUUAAAGAACAAAGAGAAAAAAACAGAAGCACAAACCAAUAAACAAACAGACACACAGACGUCUUCUGAUAGUGAGAAGUUUAACAGCUUCUACUUCUGGAGAGAACCCCCGCCGCCGCUUGAUGACAGCCUACUGGAUUUACUGAAAGAUGACAGUUUCUCCUCGUCCGGGAGCGGGUUGGACACGUCACUGCAGACAGGCGAGCAGGAGGAGCAGGAGGACGAUGAGGAUAAAGAGAAUGAACCUGAAGAAGAAGAAGAAGAAGAUGAUGAUGAUGAUGAUGGAGGUGGUUGGAUCACUCCCAGCAACAUCCAGCAGGUGAAGAUGGACUCUGGGGAUUGGGCAGCUCCUGCUGAUGUCAAAGUCGGAUGUCUGACCACAGACUUCGCCAUGCAGAACGUUCUCAUUCAGAUCGGACUCCAUGUUCUCUCUGUGAACGGGAUGUUGAUCAGGCAAGCAAGGAACUACAUCCUGAGAUGUCACGCCUGCUUCAAGACGACGAGCAACAUGACCAAAGUGUUCUGUUCUCACUGUGGAAACCAAACUCUGAAGAAGUUGGCAGUGACGAUAAAUGAAGACGGCAGCAUGCAGAUGCAUUUCUCCAAAAACCCCAAAGUGCUGAACCCGAGAGGGUUGAGGCACUCGCUGCCUCUGCCUCAGGGAGGGAAACACGGCAACAACCCUCAGCUGGUCGAGGAUCAGCGUUUCCCCCAGCAGAGACUCUCCCGCAAAGCUCGUCAGAAAACCGACGUCUUCAACCCGGACUAUAUGGCCGGAUCUUCACCCUUCUGCGAGAACGACAUCUACAGCCGAGCCGCUAACCUACACAUCAGAGACGGCCAGUGUGGGGGCGGCAGGAGACGAAGCAAUCCCAAUGCUGCUCGGAAGAAGUUUGUCAAAAAGAAGUAAAGAACAUGUGGACACAUAAAAAUACAUCACUGGACUUUUUGACCUCAUUUAAAGACCAGACAGGAGGUUACCAACCGAGUCUGUCAGUCCUUCAAAUAUAAAACCAGCUGUCAUGUUAAAACUGACCUAUCAUAUGUAUCUUCAUUACACCCAAAUAAAUUUUAAAUCUCA